CGGCAAAAUCCCCAAUUCCUCCAGUCUGCUCUCCAAACGCUCCCAUGGCGGCCGUUUACCCCACCACGGGCGCCCUCCCCACGCGCCACUCCCCUCCCUCCUUUCUCCGGCCGUCGUCCCUCUCGUGGUCCGCCUCCAUCACCCAGCACCGCGCCCCCCUUUCACCGCGCCUCGCGCUCUCGCCGCCACCCGCGGCCAACCGGCGGUCCUUCGUGGUGCGCGCGGCGUGGACGCGGCGGUCGCGGGGCGAGCUGGACAAGAGCCCGAACCGCAAGUCGUGGAAGCAGCGCACGGACAUGUACAUGCGCCCGUUCCUGCUCAACGUCUUCUUCUCCAAGCGCUUCGUGCACGCCAAGGUCAUGCACAGGGGCACCAGCAAGGUCAUCGCCGUCGCCACCACCAACGCCAAGGACCUCAGGACCACGCUGCCCUCCCUCAUCGACGACAACGCCUGCAGGACCAUCGGCCGUCUCAUAGCCGAGAGGUCCAUGGACGCCGACGUCUUCGCCAUGGCCUACGAGCCCAGGAAGAACGAGAGGAUCGAGGGGAAGCUCGGGAUUGUCAUCGACACCAUUAAGGAGUAUGGCAUCAUUUUUGCCUAGGCAGGUUCCAGACUAGAGCAGACUGUUUUGUUGUAUUUCUGUAGCUUGAUCCAUGUAGCCAUUUUUGUUCAGCUUAUCUUAUACUGAUAAUGAUCUAGCAAUAGCUUCUUGUGCUAAUAGUAUUGUCAUAAUGGUGUUUUAGUGCUA